CACUUACAACACCAACAAUGGUUGGGCCAUUCCGCAUCCCGCACUGGGAGGAGGGUAGAACGGUAAGGUAGGAUAUCAGCAGAUGUCACUGUGCAUCCAUGGGAGCGAGCCCUCCUAUUUCGUUUUGAUUCCCCUCGCAGCCAUAAUGCUGAGGCCAGCCGCGCACCCAUCUCAACAAGCUCGCCUCCCCUUGAUUUCUAUGCGUCCCCUCUAGCAUUCUUCAAAGACUUCGACUCCUUCCUCUCUCUUCACCCCAUAUCAGUUGCUUCUGUUUCAGCAAGCAAGCAGCUGGAGAUCCCACGAACUCGUUUGCAAUCUCCUUUUAGUUUACCAAAGGUCCUUCAUUACGACCCGCUCAGCACUAUGGAGUCCCAGAAUGGCUCCGUGCCCGCCAGCGGCGAUUCCCUACCUUCUCCUCUCGGCACUGCAACUACAACUAAGCAGCUGCCGUAUCCUCUUUUUGUCCUCAUCGGCGUCGUGUUUCUCCUUAUUCUGAUCGUCAAUGCUCUUCAGGGAAUGCGCAUGUUGUUUUCUCGCACAAUACCUCUGGAUCCCCCCACCGAGCUUCAAAGCGUUGUCACAUCACCCAACAAUGAGUUUCACUCACACUCAUUCUCUUCUACCAAUGUACGUGAACGAAGCAGUCGCUUUGCAACACGCACUGCUGUUGCAAGCUCUCCAAGUUACCUCCCGACCAUUGCCUCCAAUCAUCAAACCACUCCCCAAACGCGCCCCAGCACUGCACCUGCUACAUGCAAUAAUACCAGUAACACGGGUUUGCAACAUAUUGCAUCUCCAAUCGAGUCUCAAGUAGCACCAGUCUCGCCAACGACACGGAACACCACCGAGCCUGGGACCUCACGAGCUCGGACGGAAGACGGAAACGCUGCAGCCAGUUGUCUCAAAACACGGCCGCUAUUUUGCAAGAUAUGAUAGAAGGCAGUGGAGAUGGAUUGAUGAGUCAGUGUAUACUUCAGUAACUUUCACGGAGACGGCCUGGAAGAGUUACGAUGGAUAAGACAGGCUUAAAUUUUCUGUCGUCAUUACGACAUUUGCCUUGAAUGCAAUCCUAGGUGGUACACAACAUGAUUAGACGUUAGUUUUUGCAUUCCAUUCACCUUGUCACUGAUUUUCGUCUGUACCGUGG